AUAAGAUAAGAAAGAGGAGCCAAAGAUAAAAACGAAGCUCCGGGUCGGUAUUCGAAAUUGAAGGUCGGCUAGCAGCAAAGGAAGAAUCAGGAGGUGCCCCGACAACUGAUUGAGUGUGGGAGUGAAGUUUUAGUGACAAUUUCGACGGUGUAGGAGAGAGAGACAUAGAACAUGGAGACGAAUUAGAUCCACCCGACUAAAUAUCCUAAACCUAACCAGCGCCUACAAUCGAUCUUCUAUCCUUCCCUUUUUUCUCCGAUCGACAUGAACUACAACUCUACAAGUCGAACCUUCAAUCCCGUGUUGCCUCUACCUCCGACUUGGUCCGGCUCCGCAGCUGCUGGCUAUACUCUGUGUCCGCCUCUACUGCUAUUGGCUCAGUCUGCCUCUGCUGCUUCCUCCGACUUCUUCCUCGGAUAUGCUUUGUUUCGGUUUUUUUUGUUUGUUUGUCAGAUUAUGCGUUGUUUCAAAGGGAAUCCUUUUAUUGUAAAAAAUAAAGGGAUUUCUUGGCACUCCAGUUUGGUAUUUAGAGGAAUUGAAGUCCGGCGCAUUGAAAGUUUCAAGCUAGUUGCCACCGUAGUCUUCGUAUGUGUUUUUUUUUUUCACAAACGACUCCUAUGUUCUUUUGAAGGAGCAACGUAUUUUGCAACUGCAAGGAAGCUUUAAGUGUAACGCCCCGUUCUAAGAGUAAUUAUUCAUGGAUCCCCGAGAUCAAGAGUAAGGGCGUUUCGGUCUUUUAUGGGCAAUGGGUUUUAUUCGAGAAGGUUUCGGGUCGGGGUGUGUUGCUAGAAGCGUAGGGCUUCUCGCCACCUUUUCGUGGAUAUAAAGUUCGUCGGAAACGGGCUUAGAAUAAAGGAGUUAUGGCACUUUGAAGAUAGUGUCAAUAAUGGUCCCUAAAGGAAAUAUUUGGCAAAGGGGUCCUAGGCAUGCAUGGAGUGCAUGCGUGUAAUUGGCUGGGUACGCCCAGCGUAAGCUAGGUUACGCCCAGCGUAGAGCGGUUAAAUGAACGCGGGUGUUGGGGGCGUACGCCCAUCGUACAGGAUGUACGCCCAGCAUACGUCCAGUGUCCAGAAACCCUAAUUUUAGGGCCAGCCACUAUAUAAGGAACAUUAUGGUUCCAACCCUAGCCCCCAUAUCUGCCCUCUUACUCUCAGAAACCCUAAGUAGCUGUUUUCUUCCAUGAUUGUGGAUAUUUGACCUUGGGGAGCUUGGUUUGGCAAAGGAGAGCCUAGGAGAAGAAAGAAAAAGUUGUCAAGGAAGGAGUUGGGUGGCUGGAGCUCGUAGAUCUGGGAAGGCAUCAUCUUCUGGAGCCCUUUUGAGUUGGGAGUCCCGAUGAGUCAGCGGUCAGAGAUUUGCAGGAUUUCGGCAGUUGCAAGGUACUUCAGGAGAUCGUGGCAAGGCGAAGGCGUGAUCGUACCGUUCCUCAUGUUUUAUGAUUUAUAUGAUAUGGUUCUGGGGGAUACUCUGAUGUUUAAACUAUUUUGAAAACGA